UCAGCACCUCUAAAUGAGCUUUGUACUCUAUUCGGAAUAGAAGGUCAUUCUGACAAGUCUUGUAUAACGCUUUUAACACUCGUGCAGUUACGGAGAUCGAGGUUCACCGAGUUCGUUUUCCAUCGCACCACGCCGUCUCUUUCAUCAGCUCGUCGUGUUAUCGUGCAUGAGAGACUCUACAGUAUCAGGAGAUGCUAUGAGGGUCGGCCUACGUCAUCGAGGCAGCCUCCGCGUGCCACAGUAGCGACCAGCCAUUCACUCUCGCGCGUGCGUCUCCGUCAGGUUACUAUGCUACCAUCCUACCUGAGGGCGUCCUUUCUUUCCAAACAGCGGGAUUUGGAGGCUGUGUUCGCAGUGACUAAGUUACACCGGAGUGCUCGCAUUAUGCUGAAGUUUGAAAGUAAUGCCCGAGGAUGCUAAGUCGCCUUGCAAGCCCUCGUUGUGCGAAGGAGCGCGCGUCCUUUGUGCGUUCAUUCAUCAGCUGCUGCCCUGCUGCUUUGUUUUAAAGACAGGCGGCAGUGGUCAGCCGUGUGGAGCUCAGCUGGAGAGAGAGCUGGUCAACAUGAGUCUGCACAGAGCCACCGGAGGAGGACCCCUGGACCACCCCAGGGAGAGACGGCGCUCUGGUGAUCGCUCCAGGGAUUCUUCACAUGAGAGAGGCGAAGGACAGCUGACCCCCUGCAUCAGGAACGUCACCUCCCCCAUACGCCAGCACCUCAGCGACCGUGAACGGGAUUCAGGAUGCUCAUCGCGCUCCACGAGUCCCAGGCCUCAGAAAGCAUGCACUUCCAGCCUGUUCUAUUGUGACCCUCAUGGUAAAACCCACAGCUCUGACAUGAUCUACGUGUGUGAAAACAUCAAGGAGGGCCCUCGCAGUUUGAGGACUGCCGAGAGAGUCACUCUGAUUGUAGACAACACACGUUUUGUGGUCGACCCAUCCAUCUUCACUGCCCAACCCAACACCAUGCUCGGCAGGAUGUUCGGAUCUGGACGGGAACACAACUUCACGCGUCCUAAUGAAAAGGGAGAGUAUGAGGUUGCUGAGGGAAUCAGCUCCACCGUGUUCAGAGCCAUUUUGGAUUACUACAAAUCAGGGAUAAUCCGUUGCCCUGAUGGGAUAUCCGUCCCGGAGCUGAGAGAGGCAUGUGACUACCUUUGCAUCGCCUUCGACUAUAGCACCAUCAAGUGCAGAGACCUCAGUGCACUCAUGCAUGAGCUGUCUAAUGAUGGCGCCCGGCGGCAGUUUGAGUGCUAUCUGGAGGAGAUGGUGCUGCCUCUGAUGGUGGCCAGCGCUCAGAGCGGAGAGAGGGAGUGUCAUGUGGUGGUGCUGACCGACGACGACGUGGUGGACUGGGAUGAGGAGUAUCCGCCGCAGAUGGGAGAGGAAUACUCACAGAUUAUAUAUAGCACAAAACUAUACCGUUUCUUCAAAUACAUUGAGAACCGAGACGUCGCCAAGUCUGUUUUGAAGGAGAGAGGACUGAAGAAGAUUCGAUUAGGCAUUGAAGGUUACCCAACCUACAAAGAGAAAGUAAAGAAGCGGCCCGGUGGGCGUCCUGAGGUCAUUUACAACUACGUCCAGCGGCCCUUCAUCCGCAUGUCCUGGGAGAAAGAGGAAGGCAAAAGCCGACAUGUGGACUUCCAGUGCGUGAAAAGCAAGUCCAUCACCAACCUGGCCGCAGCUGCCGCAGACAUCCCUCAAGACCAGCUGGUGGUGAUGCACCCUGGGCCUCAGGUGGACGAACUAGACAUCCUCCCCAACCACCCUCAGCCCAGCCACCAUUACGAUCCUGAUCCCGACGCCUCGUCCCCGGCCAUCUGAACCUCUCUCACACACACACACACACACACAAUUCAG